AAGCAUGGGCCCGGCGCCUAAGGAGGGCUGCCUGGCUCAGACUGACCCCUCCCGUCGGUGCCGUGUCCUCUGGAGACGCCGAGAGCACAGGAGAGAGAACGCAACAGAGCCCCCGCCCAACGCCAUUUUGGAGACUCACGCUCCUUCUCUCUCAACUUCGAACAAUGUAAAGUCAGCAGGAAGAAGACAAGAUGGCGCCGAGCAGGAGGAGCGGAGAAACGCUGGAGCAUAAAUCUUGUUGCCCAAGGGAAGCGUAAACAAAGGCGCGAACGAUGGAACUGCGCAGGCGUACAGCUUUGGCACGAUUUAAAAUUCGAGCAGCAGGGUGGGCGCGUCCAAAAACGUGGUCUCCGGGCGAGACCUAUUUUACGCGAACGAAGGUGGGAUGGAGUAAGGCAGGGCCAGCCCAACUUAGUCGCGAGAAGACGGGAGGCGGAGUGCCCGGAGCGCGCAUGCGCACCGUAAGUCAAUGGCGGCUUGAGGGGUUGGCGGAAGCUAGCUUUGCAAUAUGGCGACCGAGGCAGACGGGCCGCUCAAACGGGUGCUGGUGCCGAUUCUUUUACCUGAGAAAUGCUACGACCAAAUUUUCAUCCAGUGGGACUUGCUUCACGUUCCCUGCCUCAAGAUUCUCCUCAGCAAAGGCCUGGGGCUGGGCAUUGUGGCUGGCUCACUUCUGGUAAAACUACCCCAAGUGUUUAAAAUCGUGGGAGCCAAGAGCGCGGAAGGGUUGAGUCUCCAGUCGGUAAUGCUAGAGCUAAUGGCAUUGACUGGGACCAUGGUCUACAGCAUCACCAACAACUUCCCCUUCAGCUCUUGGGGUGAAGCUCUGUUCCUGAUGCUCCAGACAGUGACCAUCGCCUUCCUGGUCCUGCACUACAGAGGACAGACUGUGAAAGGUGUUGCCUUCCUAGCGUGCUCCGCCCUGGUCCUGCUGGUGCUGCUUUCGCCACUGACGCCCCAGGCUGUAGUCACCCUGCUCCAGGCCUCCAACAUGCCUGCUGUGGUGGUGGGAAGGCUGCUCCAGGCAGCCACCAACUACCGCAAUGGGCACACGGGCCAGCUGUCAGCCAUCACAGUCUUUCUGCUCUUUGGGGGCUCCCUGGCCCGAAUCUUCACCUCCAUUCAGGAAACUGGAGACCCCCUCAUGGCUGGAACCUUUGUAGUCUCUUCCCUCUGCAAUGGCCUCAUCGCUGCCCAGCUCCUCUUCUACUGGAAUGCAAAGGCUCCCCACAAGAAGAAAAAGGAGCAGUAGAGUUGAGCUGGCUCCUGGAGUACGUUCCACGUUUCUAUUCAUCCACCCAACCUUGGGAUCCUUCCCGUCUGAACCAGUCUGCUGGUGGGACUUUUAAUCAUUUCCUCUUCUUCUGCAAUUGCAGCUUUAGUGGAAAUGCUUGGUUGACCCAGAUGCUUAGAAACGAUAGGGGAAGAGAUUUACAGGCUGACAUUUAAUCAUUUAGCUGAGAUUCUUCCUUUAGCAGAAAUUUCCAGCUACUUACCUAUUCUGGGCAAAACUCUUACCCUGUCUGUCCCCUCCAUUUCCCCACUUCCCUUCUGACCCUAGAGGACAGAGGCUGGACAGUGGAAGGGAAUAGGUGCUUGUGGAUUCCUCCCUCCCGCACCCUGGCUCAGACUGUCUCCUGGACCCCAGUGCUUGGUGGGGGGUGGGGGAAGGGGGACAGAAGAAUGACUGACUCAGGCAGGGCCCCAGGGUGGGGUGUGGAGGUUCCUGCUCUGGCAGGUCCAGGCGGAAGGGAGUGGAGACUGCUGGUUCCUGCUGCAGUAAAGGCGAACAGAGAUGGUACAAUAAAGACUCAGAGACGUGGUGUAAUC